CUUGUAAUUGGGGAGUUUUGGUGAGGAGGGGAACAGUGGUAAAUUAGAGUUAAGUUAUUGUCCAGGUGUCAACAGAUUAGCUAGGGGACAGAGAAAUUGGGGCCAGAGGAUUCGAACUCGAGCUCACCAAACACUCCGUGUGCCAGGAACAAGCGUCUCCUUCCCUCCGAUCUAUCUCUCCGGUCACUUGCUUAGGGUUUUCGCAGCCUCUCUCCAGCUGAGAAUUUAGGGUUUUGAGCUAAAGCUGGGCUUCUAUCUCUCUUCUAGGGUUCACAUUCAAAUCUGGUUUCAGCUAUGCCGACUGCUUCAUUCAAUUCAAAUUUUCUAUCUUCCAGGUUCUGGUAUUUAUUUUGUUAUGAUUCCGCAGCUAUUCAAAAUAUGUAAUUGCAUAUAUAGCUUAUAAUUGGGAGUAUUUGGCUGUUUAGAGAUUUGAGGCCAAAAAGAAAAAAUUGCUGCUUUAGGGUUUUUAUCAGUUCGUAGAGGCAAUUUGAAAGGGACUGUUUCUGGUUGUGGUUGAUUGUUUGGUGUGCUUGAGAAUCAUCAUAGCUAUGGCUUCAUACAGGCCUUUCCCGCCCCAAUCGUCAUUCGGGCCGCCGCCGAAUCAAAACCCUCUUACACCAACACCACCGCCACCUCCUUCACAGAGAGGCAAUCAAUAUAAUCAGAAUUGGGGAUAUAAUGCUAGUAGUGGUGGUGGUGGUGGUGGUGAUGGGGCUGUGCCUGCAGCUUCUUCUUCGUAUCCUCAAAACUACAAUUACAAUCAUGGUAAUUACGGCCCUCCAAGAACUCAACACCCUCACCCUCCCCCACAAUAUAAUUAUCCACCACCGCCUCCGCCGCCCGAGUCUUCAUACCCACCACCUCCGCCCCCUCAAGCUCCUCCAGUGGCACAAAAUAAAAUGCCUUUACAGCCUCCACAAGCCCCCAUGUACUACCAGAAUUCUCAGUAUUCACAAUAUAGUCACCAGCCAAUCCAGCCUUUACAGCAGCCGCCACCUCCACCCCCACCACCUUUUUCCCCGAGUUCCUCUGUCCCACCACCACCCCCACCCCCGGGUUCACCGCCACCACCCCCUCCACAAAGUAAGGAUGGUGGGGUAGAUAGAGGAUCCCAUGAAAAAGGGGCUCCCAGGGAUGUGUCGGUGUCGGGGAGGCGUGAACAUGGGCAUUUGAAUCAUGGGGUUCCUCAAAAACAGCAUAAGCCCCCUGUUCCUUCAAUGCCAGUGAAGAAAGCGAAUGGGCCUCCAGGGAGAGUGGAGACAGAGGAAGAGAGGAGAUUGAGGAAGAAGAGGGAGUUUGAGAAGCAAAGGCAAGAAGAGAAGCAUAGGCAGCAGCUGAAGGAUUCCCAAAAUUCAGUUUUGCAAAAGACACAGAUGUUGUCUUCUGGGAAAGGACAUGGGUCGAUUGCGGGGUCGCGAAUGGGGGAAAGGAGGGCUACUCCAUUCUUGAGCGGCGAGAGGACUGAAAAUAGGCUGAAGAAGCCAACCACAUUUGUAUGCAAGUUGAAAUUUCGGAAUGAACUUCCAGAUCCAAGUGCACAGCCAAAGCUUAUGUCUUUGAAGAAAGACAAAGAUCAAUAUACAAAAUACACAAUAACAUCGUUGGAGAAAACAUACAAGCCCAAGCUUUUUGUUGAGCCAGAUCUUGGGAUACCUCUUGACCUGCUUGACCUCAGUGUAUACAAAUCAAUCAGUCCUCCAAGUGUUAGACCACCCCUUGCUUUGGAAGAUGAGGAAUUAUUGCGGGAUGACGUAGCAGCAACCCCUGUGAAAAAUAAUGGCAUCAGAAGAAAAGAGCGGCCUACCGAUAAAGGGGUUGCAUGGCUGGUUAAAACGCAAUAUAUAUCUCCUCUUAGCAUGGACUCUGCGAGACAGUCUUUAACUGAAAAACAAGCAAAAGAACUGCGGGAAAUGAAGGGAGGUCGCAACAUUUUGGACAACCUUAAUGACAGGGAAAGACAAAUCAAGGACAUUGAGGCAUCAUUUGAGGCCUGCAAGUCACGCCCUGUUCAUGCAACCAAUAAGAAUUUAUACCCUGUCGAGAUUCUACCUCUGUUGCCCGAUUUUGAGCGGUAUGAAGACCAAUUUGUCCUUGCAGCAUUUGAUGGUGCUCCUACUGCUGAUUCAGAAAUCUACAGCAAAUUGGACCAGUCCGGUCAUGACGCUUAUGAAUCAAGAGCCAUUAUGAAAAGUUAUAAGGUAACAGGCGCAGAUCCAGCUAAUCCAGAGAAAUUUUUGGCUUACAUGGUCCCUUCUCCAAAUGAGCUAUCAAAAGAUCCGUAUGAUGAAUCUGAAGAUGUUUCUUAUUCUUGGGUUCGCGAGUAUCAUUACGAUGUAAGAGGUGAUGAUGUGCAUGAUCCCACAACAUACCUUGUUUCAUUUGAUGAAGAAGAAGCACGCUAUGCGCCCCUUCCCACAAAGCUUGUCUUAAGGAAAAAGAGGUCCAAAGAGGGAAAAACCAGCGAUGAGGUUGAACAUUUUCCCGCACCUUCAAGAGUGACUGUCAGGCAGAGAUCAACUGUUGCUGCAAUUGAACUAAAGGAUUCAGGGGAUUAUUCAAGGGGAUCUGUGUCAAAUUUGAAAACAAGACGCUUUGAUGUUGAGGAUACCCUUGAAAGACCACGGAAGAUUGCACGACAUCAAGAUAUUGAUGAAUAUAGUGGUGCUGAAGAUGAUUUAUCUGAUUAAUUUAUAUUUUGAUGUAAAUGUCGCCGACUGUCAUGAAGGCUUGUAGACUCGUGUCAACUAAUUUGGGAUUAUUCCCAAACUGCGAUCGGAUGCUGCUUUAAUGUAAAGGCGAGUGUGAACUAA